AUGGAGAAGUAUAAGAUAUUAAAGCAGCUUGGUGAUGGAACGUACGGAAGUGUAUUACUUGCCCAUGUAAACGAAUCACCACAAGAUAAAGUGGCGAUCAAACGAAUGAAAAAGAAAUAUUAUUCUUGGCAGGAAUGUAUGGAUUUGAGAGAAAUUAAAGCUUUGCAAAAGAUUCGCCAUCCAAAUGUGAUUAAAUUAAAAGAAGUUAUUCGAGAGGAAAACAAUCUCUAUAUGAUUUUUGAGUAUAUGAAUGAAAAUCUUUACGAAUUAAUGAAAAAACGUGAUCGACUAUUUCCUGAAACUAAUGUUCGAAAUAUCAUAUUUCAAAUUUUGCAAGGCUUAUCCUAUAUGCAUAAAUUGGGCUUCUUUCAUCGUGACUUAAAACCAGAAAAUAUCUUGUGCAAAGGUGUCGAAUUGAUUAAAAUAGCUGACUUUGGCCUCGCACGCGAACUUCGUUCAAGACCACCGUAUACCGAUUAUGUAUCCACACGAUGGUAUCGUGCACCUGAAGUCCUUCUUCGCUCGACUUCCUACACCUCUCCAAUUGAUAUAUGGGCAGUCGGAUGCAUCGCAGCAGAAAUAUACACACUGAGACCAUUGUUUCCAGGCAGUAGUGAAAUCGAUCAAAUGUUCAAGAUUUGCGCUAUCAUGGGCACACCGACACGAGACGAAUGGACGGAAGGAUACAUGUUAGGAACGAAGUUAUCAUUCCGUUGGCCACAAUGUGCUCGAACAGACCUGAAAAAGAUUAUCCAUAGUUCGAAUAAUGACGGGAUCGACUUAAUUAAUGCAACAUUAAACUGGGAUCCUAAACGACGGCCAACUGCUAUACAAUGUCUCAAACAUCCAUAUUUCAAAGUAACUCAAGAUCUAAUAAGCGGAGCGCCCACAGCAAGUUCAUAUGGAUUUACCGACCGCGAUUCGCCAUCGGCAAGCUCAGCUAGAACUUCUGAUUCAAAGGAUAUUUUUACAGACAAAUGGAAUACAGAUGGAAAUAAAACUCCAGCAACUGUUGAUGAUAUGCGAGAUUUGGAUGUAUUACUAAAAGAAAUUGAACAAUCAGAAAAGUCGAAUAUCAAAGAGAAUCACUUUAAAAAACCAGCUAUACCAGUUCCUAACUUGUCACAAACGAAACACGAUGCACCAUCCUCCGAUAGUCGACAAGGAUAUCAACCUAAACCACACUUUUCCUAUGGAUCUCAACCACAUCGAGCCCCACCUUUUAAACCACCGAAGGUCUCAAUAGAACAAUCGUUUGAUUUCGAUGAUAUCUUAAAAGGUCAUUCCAUUCAACCACAACAGGCGUCGAAAGCUUUACGCCCAAUUGUGCCUGCGAAGAAUUCCGCAUCAUCAGCAAGAAGAGACAGUUUGACAGAGUGGUUAAACGACGAUCGAUUAACAACUAAAACUCACACGAAUCAACCAUCUAAUAUGUUUUCGAGUAAACCAGCAGCUCGGUCAGAUCUUGAUGAUUUAUUUUCCGAUACCCAUACUCGAGAUCAAAGCGCAUCGAAGGCGCCACUAACAAUAACGAAAACAUCAGCGAAGCAAUAUUAUUUGGGGAAUUCAAGGUAUAAGCCAGGUAUUAAUGCCAAACAACCGUCGCGUAAUGAUGGCUUCAAUUGGCUUUUGGAUCCAUCAGAUAAUAGUAAUUCUGCGUCUCGUGGUCCUAAAUUGUCAUCCUAUGCGCCGACGUUUGGCGAUCAGAGAAAACCGCCAGCCCAACAGACUCCUUCAUUUUUUGGUGAUCUCUCACGUUUCAAUUAA